CAAAGACAACACUGCAAGCCAACAAAGAGUUCCGAAUCAAAAACUGAACAGAAAGUCUGUUCAUUUUCUUUAUUUCCCAUUAAAGAUUUUCCCUUUUUGUCUCCGAACCACCGCCCCCACCACCACAAGCCACCAAUCCCCACCAAAGAAUCCUUGUAAAGAAACAAAAUUUCCCUUGAAAACAAGAAAAAUUUUCGUUGUUUUCCCUUUCUUUUUCUCUUCCUAAUGUGUAGAUCAAAGAAAAGCACAGAGGUAAUCCAACCGAGAUCUUCCAAAAGACCAUCUUUUUCAUCCUCAUCUCAAACACCCAAAACCCCAAAAUCCGUCUCUUCUUUAUCAGACCCAUCCAGCAGCACUUCCGCAGCCAACAAUUUGGUUCUUUCUUCAAGCUACUUCUUAAACAACUCUUCCAGCUACUCGAGCUCAAGCCAAAUCUCCGGAACUCUCUCUACUUUUAAAGCCUUUCUCCCUGAAAACCCCCACAUCUAUAACUUCUCAGACAUUUGCUCGGCCACAGACAACUUCCUUGCCAAACGUUUUUCUUCUUCCUCUUCAUCAUCGUCAUGGCUCUGUAAUCUUCAAGGCAAACAAGUUGUCAUUUUCCAAAGAAAAUUGAGACGUGCUAUUGAGUUAGAUGACUUGGUUCACAACUUAUCAGUCAUUUGUAGGAGUCAUCAUAGUAGUUUAAUCAAGCUUUUGGGUGUUUCUCUCUCAGGGAAUUAUAUUUAUCUUGUUUAUGAAUACGUACAAGGAGCUAACCUUGGAGAUUGUUUAAGAAACGCCAAGAACCCAAGUUUUACUAUUCUUUCUACUUGGAUUUCUCGUAUGCAAAUUGCUGAUGAUAUUGCUCAUGGCUUGGAUUAUAUUCACCAUUGUUCAGGUCUUGAAACUAGCUUCACUCAUAACCAUAUAAAGAUCUCAAGUAUUUUAGUAGCUGAAGAUUCUUUAAGAGCCAAAAUUUGUCAAUUUGGCACUGCUGAGCUAUGUGGGGAAGUGGCAAAAGAGGAGCGGUCAAAAAGUCUUAAGAGAUCAAACAGUAAAGUUAUGAAGAUUGAAGGAACGAGAGGAUACAUGGCACCUGAGCUUCAGUCUAGUGGUUUGGUAACACAGAAAUGUGAUGUUUAUGCAUUUGGGGUCGUGGUUUUGGAGCUUUUGAGUGGACAGGAAGCCUUAAAGUUUUCGGUUGAUGAAGGAAAUGGAGGGUAUAAGAGAGUGAGCGUUAUAGAUACUGCUAGGGAGGCGGCGGCCGGAGGGAGUGCAGGGGUGAGGAGAUGGGUGGAUAGGAGGUUUAAGGACUCCUUUCCAGUGGAUGUGGCAGAGAAGAUGGUGUUGUUGGCAUUGGAAUGUGUGGAGGAAGAUCCAGGUAAAAGGCCUGAUAUGAAUAAGGUUGCAGGGCAGGUUUCAAAGUCGUAUUUGGAGUCUAAGAACUGGGCUGACAAGAUUGUUUUGCCUACUGAUAUCUCAAUCUCAAUGGCUCCAAGAAACCCCAGGCCAAGACCUUAAAGCCACUUUGAAUCCAAAUCACUUGUUCAAUUUGAAUCCUUAUCUUGGUAGUACAAGAUUUUGUCUCCUGAAUCAUUCAGCAAGGAUGGAAUUCUGUGACCAAUUCCAGCUCCAUAUGAAAAUUUUGUUGACCUGACCUUUGUGCUAUGUUGAAAUCAAAGGGAUCCAUCAUUUUACUACAGUAAGCAUUGGAUUUUCUCAGGCUGCGUUCAGCACUUCAUCAUGAAAAAGAUAAAUGAAAAGAAAAUCUGAGAAAAUCUUUCAAUUAGUUUUAAGAAAAUGCUGCAGACAUGUGAGAAGAUUGGGCACGUCUACAAAAAAGAAGCAAGCAAAACGGACACGUUUUGCCAUUGGUCUACAAAGUCAUGUUCAAGGGAAAACUUGAUAUAACUAAGUUUCUUUUGACUUAGACUAACACAAGUUUAAGGUUGGUGGCUGGAACAUAGGUUAAAGACUGAUUUAACAUGUAGUAUUUGUUCUUAAUCCACUUCAAAGGGAAGAUUCAGCACUUCCCCAACAACUAUUUUGAAUCUAAAGCUGUCAUUUCCAUAACCAAAUGCAGCACAAGGCUCUGUUUCUUUAUCAACUUGAGGCUCAAUGGCUAUAAGAUACUUAAGAUUUUCCUUUUUUAAUUGAGAAAUGAUGGAAUUUUGUUUCUAAUUUCAGGUUUUACUACUUGGUCAUGUUUGCCUUUCACUUCAUCAUUUGAC